ACAGGUAUCCUCACAUUCACUAACUGUGCCUACGUUAAGUGGGGUACCCGGGUACAGGACGUGUUCACCUACGCCAAAGUGUUGGCACUGAUCGUGGUCAUUAUCACCGGCAUCGUCAAGUUGGCAAUGGGAAAGACGGGGAACUUUGCGGAUUCCUUCGCUGGCUCCUCCCAGAACGCGGGCGAUGUGGCCCUGGCUCUGUAUUCCGCUCUGUUCUCCUAUUCCGGAUGGGACACUCUCAACUUCGUCACCGAGGAGAUCAAAAACCCCACCAGGAAUCUCCCAAUGGCCAUUGGAAUCUCCAUGCCAAUUGUCACCAUCAUCUACAUCCUGACCAACGUGGCCUAUUACACCGUCCUGGACUUCCACGAGAUCUUGGCCAGCGACGCAGUGGCCGUGACCUUCGCUGACCAAGUCUUUGGCGUCUUCAACUGGACCAUCAUGGUGGCCGUCGCCCUGUCGUGUUUCGGCGGACUCAACGCCUCCAUUCUCGCCGCCUCCAGGCUGUUCUUCGUGGGGUCACGGGAAGGUCAUCUGCCGGACGCGCUCAGUAUGAUCCACGUGGAACGGUUCACCCCCGUCCCUGCUCUGCUCUUCAAUGGAGCCAUGGCCUGUGUAUAUCUCUGUGUGGAGGACAUCUUUCAGCUGAUAAAUUACUACAGUUUCAGCUACUGGCUUUUCGUCGGGCUCUCGAUCGCGGGUCAGCUCUACCUCCGUUGGAAACAGCCAGAUCGUCCCCGUCCACUCAAGCUCAGCAUCUUCUUCCCCGUUGUCUUCUGCUUGUGCACCAUCUUCCUGGUGGCAGUACCCCUCUACAGUGACACUAUCAACUCCCUCAUCGGAGUGGGCAUUGCCCUUUCCGGAGUGCCUUUCUACUUUGUCGGGGUCUACCUGCCUGAACACAAGAGGCCGCGGUGGCUGCGCACACUCCUAGCCUCCUUCACCAAGUACACUCAGCUGGUCUGCUUCUGUGUCCUGACUGAGCUGGACGUUGAGGAAGAGGAGAAAACUCAGGAAAAGAAAUCGUACUGACCCCGAGGCCAGGCUCGGGCCCUCUGGCUGCCCAGGCGAUGGAGUGACUGAGGCCUGCAGGAUAGGCUUCGCUCCCCGGGCCUAGAGAUGAGGCGCAGGCGGACUCACUAAUCACCAAGGACUGAUUGGGUGCUGGGGGGGGGGAGGGGGGAGGACAUGGGGGUUGUAUUUAAGUUGAUGAUCCUCUCGGGUCCCCGCUCACGCUGCGUCUGACACCGUUGCCACGUCGACAGGGUCAGGCCUGCCCUUUGACCCCUGCCGCCAUGCUUGGCGAACAGCCAGUGGCUUCAAUGUUCAGAGGCCGUUUGCGUGCCCGCUGAACUUUCCCCUACCCCCUCCCCUUCUCAUGGUCCUCAUCAACCUGUGUCUGUCUCUCUCCAUCGCUGUGCUACUGACAUCGCUCUCUCUCUCUCUCUCUCUCUCCAUCCUCUCCUCCAGCCCUCUCUCCCUCCACUCAAAUCACUCACCUCUCUCCCUCCUGCCCUCGCGGCCUCCCCUUUUUCUCCUCGCCCUCCUCCUUCCCACCCGUCUCCUCCUUCCCUCUCUUAACCUCCAUCCCUCCCUCGCCCCUUCCCUCCAUUUCCUUCCUUUCUCUCCCUCCCUGUUGGCCCCUUUCAUCCCCUCCCCUCCCCCCAUCAUUGACUUGACCCUCCCUCCUUGGCUCUGCACCCACUCUCUCCCUCUCCCAACUCCCGUUCCCUCUGUCCCAGGGACAGAAUCCCUGGCGACUGACCCCAGCCUGAAUUUACGUAGCCACCCGUUGUCAGAUUAGCCACCCCAACGCGUUGCUUUCGCGGAGGGCUGAGAAACUGUGGGCGCGACGCGUCAUCGGAGCACAGCGGCGGGAGACCGUUUCCCUGGGUGAUCUGUCUGUCGAACGAUUAAAUGACGGUCUUAAACGAUG